AUGGUGGAGGACUGGGUAAUUAAGACUAUGUACGCUACUAAGCGCCGCCGUCGAACGGUUAAAAGUGUAAAAACCCCGAGUAAAGAUCCACCUAAAAGCAACCCUAGUAAACGUCACAGAUUACGGCUCAACUCAGAAUUAGAUCAUUUGGCUAGUCUUUUACCAUUUGAACAAAGUGUCAUCUCUAAACUCGACAAGUUAUCUAUUUUACGUUUAGCUGUUAGUUUCUUGAGGACUAAAACAUAUUUCCAAGCAGUUUUACCAUCUAGAUAUGGAAUCGAAAAUCAUCUUUUAGGUCGAUCUCAUCUUUUUACUGAACCCGGAUUUUCCGAGGGAGAGAGUAUUCUACAGGCAUUAUAUGGUUUUUUAUUUGUUGUGUCAUGUGAUGGUGAGGUGUUUUUUGCUUCACGUACUGUUGAACAGUAUUUAGGUUUUCAUCAAUCCGAUAUCAUCCAUCAAAGUGUCAUGGAGUUAAUACACUCUGAAGAUAGAGAAGAAUUUAAACGUCAAUUAGGAUGGAGCUCAUGUCUACCACCAGAAAAAUCCAAUAUGUCUUUACAUGAAAUUCUCCUACCAGAAAACCACAUGUACCUCCAUCGCUCCUUUACAGUCAGGUUUCGAUGUCUUCUGGACAAUACUUCAGGUUUUAUUACAUUAGAAAUUAGUGGGUGGUUACGUGUUCUACAUGGACAAUGUAAUGGUAACAGAACAGAAGAACCUCAACUGGCAUUAUUUGCUAUUUGUUGUCCAUUUGGUCCUCUGUCUUUAUUUGACAUACCUUCAAGAGAAUUAACUUUUAAAAGCAAACAUAAGAUGGAUUUUUCUCCUAUUACUAUGGAUAGCAGAGGUAAAGUGAUGUUUGGUUAUGCUGAUCAUGAACUUUCACCUAAAUCUGGCUAUGAUUUGGUUCAUCCAGAUGAUCUGACUUAUUUCUCUUCAGCUCAUCAAGAAUUAAUAAAGACUGGAAGUUCAGGGUUGAUAGCGUAUCGCUGGAUGACAAAAGAUUUUCGCUGGUGUUGGUUACAGUCUAGUUGUAAAGUAGUCUAUAAAAACAGUAAACCAGAUUUUAUAAUAGCUACACAUCGACAAUUAACAGAUGACGAAGGUCAGGAUUUAUUUGGGAAACGUGGUAAUGAAUUUAAAUUACCUUAUCCACUAUUAGAUAUGGACUUAUGUGGUGGGUUUGGUUUUCCAGAAGACGAGUUUUCUCCAAAAUCUAAAUCCAGCAAAUCAAAGAAAAAGGCUCAGACGAGGGAAACGGCUAUGGUGAAUAAGAAACGUAAAGGUGCUUGUUUGUUAAAUGGUCUCCCGGGGUAUUCACCGUAUCCGCCAUUUAAUUCUUAUGAUACAAAUGAUUAUAAAGCAGACAUAAUUUAUCCGUAUGGAAGCAAUAAUUAUGGAUAUGAAACCGAUAUUUAUCGUUCCCAUGGAUACAGUUCUUUACCUGCGCCCUUGUAUCCAACAACAGACUCGUAUCGUUUUGAUGGGGAUAAACAUGGACUAACAAACGGCUAUUUUUACGAUCAUCGGCAAUAUCAGCCUACCCUUCCUUACUCAAGCAAUACUUUUACGGACAUUAUGACUCCAGCUAAUAAAUAUGGUUACGAUGUGCCAAAGUACGGUUUUGAUCCUUACAGCAUAGAUUUAUCAAAAAAAGUUCACUGUGGAGAUGACAUUUCUCAUAUGGACUCUGAUAUCAGAAAAUAUGGGUACGAUUUACACGAACGUUUUCCACGUCUAAAUGGCUCAUUAGAACCUGUUGAUCUCCGAUCCUCUUCUGUGUAUAAUCCUAAUCCUUACAUGAAUCCUAUCGAAGGAAGUGUGGCGCCAUCUUGUGUUCCCCCCUCCCAUUUUUACAAACCUGCCCACACUCCAAGUAUGAUUGCCAAGGACAAAUCAUCGGAAAAUGUGAUACAUCAUGACCUACCGCAGGCCAUUAGUUUAGGACAUAAUUCGGUGAUCAAAUCCACGAAUAUCUACACAUCAUCUCAGUUAGCAAUGACAGAUCUUGGUUCAUCACCCAAUCAUCAUCUUACUUCUGUUGCUGGUGUCAUCAGCCAAUCAAAGGCACCCAAUAAUAAUAAUAAUAAUAAUAACUGUUUAUCGUGGAAUAGUUCGACGUGUGAUAAACGCAGCCAGUAUAAUUCUGUUAAUACCGAGAGGGAACUGUCUCCAGGGCAACCAAAUAUGGUUUCUCCUGAUUUAUCUGUUGGUAAAGUCAUGGAACACAGUGUUAUCCACAGAAUCAGUCCAAAAUGCAAUACAUCACAGACUUCAGUAAUACAAGCCAGACGUUCAUGUGAUAAGCAAACAGCAAGCAUACCAGUUCCUGUGGUUAAAUCACCAUGGUUACAUCACUGUAACAACACCCAUAGUAACUAUCAAGAUAACCGUGAUUGGACUGGGGAUCUCUAUGGUUAUUGCGGCAAAUCACAACGAGUUAUUCUACCUGAAACUUUUCAACCUGAAAAGCUUGCAAGUGUCAAGGAAACGGAUCCCACUGAAAAUCCUCUAUUGACCUUUUCUGAGGUCACUCAUACAUUACUAAGCACUGCUCACUGA